GACUUUAAUUUUUCGUUCAUGAUGUAGACCCACGGCUACAAUUCUCGAAACCGGGUGCUUCUAAGAGUGCAUCAAUAGUUAUAUAGAAAUAGCACAUAUAAUUGUAAGGAUGAAUGAACCAUCACGCGUUACACAUUAUUGAUUAAAUAAUUAUAGAGUGCGAUAUUUUCAUUUUAUAUAUACCUGUAUACAGCGAAGGUAUUUCUUUCUUCUCAUAUCAAGAAAAUCAAACCUGACGGAAGUACAAGGAGCACUGUCUAUAUAGGUACGGUCAUUUCUAAAUGUUAGUCGAUUUAUCGUUUGUAUAAGCCAAUAAAAAUAGCUCGCCCGACUGAUUAUGUUGUUGUUGUUGUAUUUUGACAUACAUUUAUAUAGACAGAAGGAAAGGAAAAAAAGCAAAAAGAGCGCGUCCUUUAUGUACAUCUUUGUAUGUUCUGGCGCCGCUGAUACAAGAAACAUUUUAAAUAUAAAAUGUCUCUUUUUUCAUCAAAGUUUUACAUGUACAUCUAUUGGUACAAGCCUAAUCAGUCGGGUGAGCUAUUUUUAUUGGCUUAUAGAAACGAUAAAUCGACUAACAUUUAGAAAUGACCGUACUUAUAUACACAGUCCUCGUACUUCCGUCAGGUUUGAUUUUCUUGAUAAGAGAAGAAAGAAAUAACUUCGCUGUAUACAGGCAUAAAUAAAAUGAAAAUAUCACACUCUAUAAUUAUUUAUUCAAUAAUUUUUUCUUUGACUUAAACAAUAAUAAAUGUCUAUUCUACAGUUCGCCACUAUAGCGUCAGUCUUCUUAUUUAUCUAUACCUUAGGAGCUCCACUUCCCAAGACAACAGCUGUUACCUACGAACAAUUUUUGGCUGUUCAACAUGGAUGGACACGUAAUCAACUUACAUCGUAUCUCAACAAUAAUCCAGGUGAAAUUUUCCUUCAAUUAUCUGUUUCCCCUGGCUUGUUUGUUCAAGACGUUGAUUAUACGAAUACAAAUCCGAAUGUUACAGUUGGUUUCUCAUUCCGAAAUAAUGCAUUAGUAUCAAAAACUCAACAUGGAUUCAAAGAAAAAAAAUUUCCAAUUACAAAAGCACAGUAUGAUUUAAUUCAGGUUGGUAUGACACGAGAUAAAGUGAAAACAAUUGUCGAUAAUGAAGGUAAACUCGUUGCUGAGGGUGAAAGUGGUAUUCAUAUGGUUCAAUACAAUGGGAGUGGCACUGGGUGGGAGCGUGCCGUUGGACCUACAGUUAGUAUAGACUUUGUGUUAGGAAAAGUUUAUUCAAAAGGAGCAGACUGGUUCAAUGAUUGA